UGCACAGACCGGACCGACAGACGGACAGAUGCCGUGGCCCGGGAACGCCUGCCAACCUCCACUCCUGCACCCCCCUCCGUGACGUCACGUGGGGUACAGGCCGGAGACUCUCCACAUGGGGGUGCGCGCGGAGGGGGGGAAAGGUUGGGGAGAGGGGAGGCGGCGUUGCUCCCCGGGACAGUCGGAUCACUCUCGCGGCACAGACAGCGCCGCCCCCCUUCGCCCCCCCCACCCCCGCCCACCUCGCACGCCGCCCUCGGAAGCACAGGCUCGCGGCUCUGCGCUGGGGGUGGGUGGGGGGGCUCCCCGCACCCCAGCCUCGCGCUCCCCGCCCGCCACACCUCCGGGCCCCCCUUACCCUCCAGAAGCACUGGGAGUUGGGGCAGGGGGGCCUCGGGAAAUUCCCCGGACCCCUGUGCCAGGAGGUGGCCGGUGCGCCCGCCCGCACCCCCCCCCCCGAGGGCGGUGCCCGGGGGCGCUGCCCCAUGGAGCGGGGAGGCGGGCGCCGUCUGCUCCCGGAGCUGUGACCCAAGUCAAGUCGGAGCUGUGUGUCGCAGCCGGCCGACCCCCGCGGAUCAUGCGCCGCCGGCCCCGGCUCGUCGGGCCGUGAGCCCCCCCACUUCCCGGCCGGCCCCGGCCCUCGCGCCAUGGGCAGCUCGCACCCUGGCACCUGGCGGCGGCUCGGACCCUGGCCCCGGCCGCGGCCCGCGCUCUGCGCGCUCCUGCUCUUCCUCCUGCUGCUGGCAGCCGCCGUGCCCAGGUCGGCACCCAAUGACAUCCUGGGCCUCCGCCUGCCCCCGGAGCCCGUGCUCAAUGCCAACACCGUGUGCCUGACGCUGCCUGGCCUGAGCAGACGGCAGAUGGAGGUGUGCGUGCGGCACCCCGACGUGGCCGCCUCGGCCAUCCAGGGCAUCCAGAUCGCCAUCCACGAGUGCCAGCACCAGUUCCGGGACCAGCGCUGGAACUGUUCCAGCCUCGAGACUCGCAACAAGAUCCCCUACGAGAACCCCAUCUUCAGCAGAGGAUUCCGGGAGAGCGCCUUCGCCUACGCCAUCGCGGCAGCCGGCGUGGUACAUGCAGUGUCCAACGCAUGCGCCCUGGGCAAGCUGCGGGCCUGCGGCUGCGACGCAUCCCGGCGCGGGGACGAGGAAGCCUUCCGCCAGAAGCUGCACCGCCUGCAGCUGGACGCGCUGCAGCGCGGGAAGGGCCUGAGCCACGGCGUCCCGGAGCACCCAGCCCUGCCCCCUGCCAGCCCCGGCCUGCAGGACUCCUGGGAGUGGGGCGGCUGCAGCCCCGACGUGGGCUUUGGAGAGCGCUUCUCCAAGGACUUUCUGGACUCGCGGGAGCCGCACCGAGACAUCCAUGCGCGCAUGAGGCUUCAUAACAAUAGAGUUGGGAGGCAGGCGGUGAUGGAGAACAUGAGGCGGAAGUGCAAGUGCCACGGCACGUCGGGCAGCUGCCAGCUCAAAACCUGCUGGCAGGUGACGCCCGAGUUCCGCGCGGUGGGGGCGCUGCUGCGCGGCCGCUUCCAGCGGGCCACGCUCAUCCGGCCGCACAACCGCAACAGCGGGCAGCUGGAGGCCGGGCCGGCGGCGGCGGCGGGGGCGCCCUCGGCCGCGCCGGGCACGCCCGCGCCGCGGCGCCGCGCCAGCCCCGCCGACCUGGUCUACUUCGAGAAGUCCCCCGACUUCUGCGAGCGCGAGCCGCGCCUGGACUCGGCGGGCACCGCGGGCCGCCUGUGCAACAAGAGCAGCGCGGGCCCCGACGGCUGCGGCAGCCUCUGCUGCGGCCGCGGCCACAACAUCCUGCGCCAGACGCGCAGCGAGCGCUGCCACUGCCGCUUCCACUGGUGCUGCUUCGUGGUCUGCGAGGAGUGUCGCAUCACCGAGUGGGUGAGCGUGUGCAAGUGAGCGCCGCCGCCGCCGCCGCCGCCGUGUCGUCGGGACGCUGGCUCCUGAGAGAGAAAGGAUCCGGGACCACCUCGCCAUCUCCCUCUAGGCACCCCCCCUUCCACCCACCCUUCCCUCCAGCCCCCCAACGCCCCCACCCCUGCGUCCUGAGGUUCUGCUCGGCCUGCCUGGAUCCCCCUGCCCCCACCCCCACCACACACACACACACACACACACACACACACACACACACACACACACACACACACCCCUCGCUUCUGGGGACUCAGAGACAGCCCCAGCUCCAAGGGCACAGCCGGGGCUGAGACUGCAGCUCAGGGCGGCUCCUGGGCUUGUUGCUCUCGGCCUUCACCUCUUGUCCUGGCGGUGACCUGCCAGGGAGGGGUUCAGAAGAAGCAAUGGACAGCAUGCCAGCCGCGAGCUUCCACGGAGACCCCGGGACGCCCCUUGCCUCCCCACCCCCCCUUAUCAUUCAUUUAACCUAUUUAUUUUGCAUCCUUUGUGGCCUGGCUCUCUGGGCACACACCCCCCCCCUCCCGGGGUGGUGCUCGGGAUACAGAUGUGACUAAAGAGAGACAGCAGAUGCCCUCUGGGGGUGACCUUCUGGCUUGGGGAGAUGGGCAAUAAACUUGUGCUACACACA